CACUGAUCAUCAGGGCACUGAUGAUCAGUGUGGCCCCAGAAGUGCCACCUGUCAGUGUCCAUCAGUGCCAGCAGUCAGUGCCACAUCAAUGCUACAUAUCAGUGCCCAUCUGAGCUACCUUUCAAUGUCACCCAUCAGUGCCAUCAGUGCCGCCUAACAGUGCCAGUCAGUGCUGCCUAUCAGUGCUGCCUAUCAGUGUCAUGUAUCAGUGCUGCCUUUCAGUGCCCAUCAGUGAUGCUUGUCAAUGCCCAUCAGUGCAACCUACCAGUGCCUCAUCAGUGCCCAUCAGUGCCACCUAUCAGCGUCCAUCAGUGCAGCCUAUCAGUGCCCAUCACUGCAGCCUCAUUAGCACACAUAAGUGA